AUGGCACCUGAGUAUGCAAAUUAUGGACAUUUCUCAGUGAAAUCAGAUGUUUUUAGCUUUGGUGUACUAGUUCUUGAGAUAGUGUCUGGACUCAAAAAUAGUGAUAUCCGUGACGGCGAUUAUGCAGAACAUCUAAUAAGCUUUGCAUGGAGGAACUGGAGAGAAGGGACAGCCUUUAAUAUUGUAGAUCAAACACUGCACAAUAAUUCAAGAGACGAAAUAAUGAGAUGCAUCCAUAUUGGAUUACUGUGUGUUCAAGAAAACGUAACCAGCAGACCAACUAUGGCAACAGUUGUAAUCAUGUUUAACAGUAACUCUUUCACUCUUCCAUUACCCUCACAACCUGCAUAUUCUCUGAAUGCCAGAGAUCCACCGGAUACAAGCUCAGAUGAGUCAAGGAUUAACUCCAUGCAAGCAUCAGCAAAUGAGGCUUCCAUUAGCGAGUUAGAUCCUCGCUAG